AUGGAGACUGAAAACACUUACAGUUCACUGAGAAAGCCAACAGAAGACAUCUACACAACCGCAGUGCAACUCCAGGACAGAGGAGCAUCUGGAGGGCCAAUAGGAGCACCAACGCCUAAUUCAAGCAGAAGAAGGAAAGCCUGCCUGCUGAAGAUUCUGUUGUUCCUGUGUGGUUCACUACUGACCACCACCAUCUUAUUGGCUGUUUACUAUUCCACUGCCAGCAUCCCGUCAGAGAACCACAAGGCUCUGCACAUGAACCUUACCUGCCAUCAGUCUUGUUUUUCCAACCUGAAUUCAAAUCUCACCAGCCUGCAGUCCAAAUGUUCAGCACUAGAACAUGUGAAUGCUGAGCUUUCUGCAGUAAUUGAAAAGCUGAACAAACGAUGUCCAAUAACAAUUCUAUCUUCUCAAAGCAGGACUUGUUAUGUUUGUCCACAGAACUGGAUGUUAUUCAACUCAAAGUGUUACUUGUUCUCCAGUAAUAAGCUAACCUGGACAGAUGGCCUUGAUGGCUGUAAAGCAGAGGGGGCACACCUGGUGAUCAUAGAGAGUGAGGAGGAGCAGACAUUUUUAUUAAAUGAGAUGAGCAAACAAAGUUCCCAGAAGCCCUACUGGAUUGGACUGAAUGACAUCGUUACUGAAGGACAAUUUUUCUGGGUGGAUAACAAACGUCUGGACCGAAGCAAAAGCUUCUGGGGUGUGAAUUGGGAUGGAUUCAUGGAGCCAGAUAACUGGAGAAAUCAAGAAGACUGUGUGCAAAUACAGAAAAACGCUACUGCUAGUGGCUGGUAUGAUGCCUGCUGUUCACAGACAAACAACGUUAUCUGUGAAAAAGCAGCAGAAGGAAUUGCACUGUGACCUUUAAGUGAUAAAUGACACAGAAUAUAAGGCAUCAGUGGGAAACUCUAGAUUGGCCGUAAAGGAGAGCACUCACUCAGAGGCACUGAUUUAUUUUGCAGUUUCUCCGAGUUCUCAGAUAUCUGCACACCCAGGUCACUGAGAUAUUUUAUAAAGUGCACCUGCUCUCAUUGUCACCUGGUCACAAAGUCACCCUUAUCUCAUUUCUUUGAGUCUUUUGAAUGACACUUUUAACAUACUUGACAUUUCAAUGAUAUGUGAAGAAAAAUGCAUGUUCAAAGGUUAAAUUCAUUUUAGACAAUAAUUCUCAGUACUGCGUAAUCAAAUGUACGGUCAUAAGCGGCAAAAAAUGUUAGUGGAGGUCAGAAAAACAUUGUUCGGGACAUAUAAUGGAGGUAAGCAUGCAGGAAAUUACCAAAGGUUUGAAGUAGCAGGAGAAGAGAAAAUAAAACUUAAGUCAAGUACAAAACUGCAAUUCAAAAAUCAAAAGUCAAAAAAUCUUAUCUCUAGUCUAAUGGCCUUUCCCUGACUUACAGGAAAACAAAGUAAAAAUUCUUCUUUUGGCUGCUCCCGUUAAGGAUCGCCAGAGCAGA